CACAUCUCAAGUCUUAUCAUCAUCAUCAUCAUCAUCAUCAUCUCACAAGCUACGUACAGAGAGAAGAACAGACCGACCAACAAAUUAACAGGCACUUCCUUGUAUUUUGGGUAAUAGACUCUGCUAGGAACAGAUGGAAAGCACUGUCACGUAUGAGACUGAUCUCAACCUCAAGGCAACUGAGCUUAGAUUGGGGCUCCCAGGAACAGAAGAAACUCAGGAAAAAACACUGCCUCCGUCUGCUAGAACUACCAACAAAAGGCCAUUGACUGAAACUUCUGAGGAGACUGUUUCUAAUGCUCAAAAAAAUGUGGAAGCUGAGGCAGCCCCUCCAGCCAAGGCAAAGAUAGUGGGGUGGCCACCAAUCAGAUCCUAUAGGAAAAACAGCCUUCACGAGAACGAGGGUGCUGGGAUUUAUGUGAAAGUAAGCAUGGAUGGAGCUCCUUACCUGAGGAAGAUUGACCUGAAGGUGUAUGGAGGCUACACACAACUUCUCAAAGCUCUAGAAAACAUGUUCAAGUUGACCAUAGGUGAGUACUCUGAAAAUGAAGGUUACAAGGGAUCUGACUAUGCACCAACUUAUGAAGACAAGGACGGUGACUGGAUGUUAGUUGGAGAUGUUCCAUGGGACAUGUUUGUGACUUCUUGCAAAAGGCUGAGGAUCAUGAAAGGAUCAGAGGCUCGGGGUUUGGGUUGUGGUGUAUGAGAAAGAAAGGCUCUCAAAUUAGCAUGAAAAAGUGUUUUGGGGUUUGGGAAACCAUGGUUUGAGCUUGGGUUAUCGGAUCUAAAGGGUUCUGACUUUUGAAUCACUCUAGUGUAUGCAGUUUGUUGGCUGGCAUACCUAAUAUGGAGUUAUAACUCUGAAGGAGGAGAUGGAAGAUACAGUGAAGUUUCUUCCUCAAGUUUGGCAACUUUUAUGGUGGGAUAUGCUAUGCUAUUCCGUGUUCUUCUUUCCACUGAUCCUUUUUCAAGUUUCAGAAUGACAAAUCUCAUAGAGAUUUCAAAUGAAACUUUGUGUAGAAGAAAGAUAGAAAAGUUUAUAUGUAAUAUUAAUUGUUUACUCCAUGUUUUUUCUCUUUUAUCUUGAUACAAGAAUACAGUGUAAUAUACAGUUUUCGUAUGUGCCUGUGUUAUUCAUUGGAGCUCUUCAUUAUUAA